GUUUCUGCUUUAUGUUCUUAAGCUCCCUAAAAUCGCUUACAAGAUUUACCCUAAAGAUCUCAGGAAAAAAAAAAAAGAAAAAGCCAACUAAAAUACAUUUUCAUUGCUUUCUCAAUUCUCAGGCAUUGAAAAAACCAAUCUCAAGUCUGAGCCGGCAGCUAGUUGCAGAGUUCGUGCUAACCACCGUAGCUGAUUAGAUGGCGGCUGAUCUUAUCCUUGGUCCUGUCGUUGAUGCCACUGUAUCCAGGGUGAUUGUUGCUGCUUCAGGGCAGAUCAAUCUAAUUUGGGGAUGGAAGGCCGAUCUGAAAAGGUUCCGCCUCAUAAUGAAGAUGCUCGGAGACGUGUUGCAAGAUGCAGAUGAAAAGCACGUCACUGGCCACCCUCGUCUUCAAGCUUGGCUUGAGGAGCUUCGAGCUGUUGCUGAUGAGGCUGACGAUAUGCUGGAAGACGUCGCCUACCAUAAUCUGAGGCGUCGGGUAGCAUUUCCGAAAUCAUUUUGGAAGAAGGUCAGCUACUUGUUUACUCCUUCUAAUCAUCAUCCCCUGGUGUUUCGCCUUAGGAUGGCUAACAAAGUUAGGAACCUGAAUAUACACCUUGCUGAUAUUUGUGAAUGGGCCACUCGUUUGGGGCUGCAAUACAAAUUUGCAAACACUAGUGUCCCCAUGCCUAUAGUAAACCAACAGACCCACUCUUUUCUAUCUUCUAUUGAUCCAUCACUACAAGUUAUUGGAAGAGAUGAAGAUGUCCAUCAAAUAGUUAGCAUGUUAACUGAUGAUGACUCUAGUAAUGGGGAAGCUCUCUCUGUCAUUUCUAUAUGGGGUAUGCCAGGCCUGGGGAAAACUACUUUAGCCAAAGCAGUGUAUGCAACUGAUAAAAUACAAAACUAUUUUGGCAAAAAUAAAAUGUGGGUUUUUGUGUCUGUAAAUUUUGAUGUCCAGAAGAUUUUAGGGGAAAUGUUGGAGUCUCUCACCAAGGCUCCUACUACAAUAGAAAAUAGAGAUACUUUGCUUCAGAAAAUAAAAGAAGAAUUGGAGAAAGAGGAGAAAAGCUAUUUUUUGAUUCUAGAUGACGUGUGGAAUGAGAACAGUAGAAAAUGGGAUGAAUUAAGAAAUUGUUUGUUGUCAAUAAGUAAAAAGCCAAGAAAUAGAGUUGUUGUGACAACUCGAAGUAAAAAAGUUGCAUUAACAAUGGGAACACUUUCCAAACACAUGUAUCCUCUUAAGCAACUAGAAGAUAAUGAAUGUUGGCGUAUAAUCAAGGGAAAAGCAUUCGGAAAGUGUACUAUACCUUUAGGAUUGGAAGGAAUUGGGGAGAGAAUUGGGGCCAAAUGUGGAGGUUCCCCCUUAGUUGCAGCUGUUAUAGGCGGGACUUUGUGCAAUAAAAGGGAUACAAAUGAGUGGUUGUCAAUUGAAAGGAAGAUGGACGCAUUGAGUUCACUUGAGGAUCAGGAUAGUAGCAUCCUGCAUACCUUACAAUUGAGUUUUGAUCAAUUGCCAAAACUAGCUUUGAAGCAGUGUUUUGCGUUCUGUUCUAUCUUCCCCAGGGCUUUUGUCAUGAAAAGGGAUGUUUUAGUUCAGCUUUGGAUGGCUGAAGGAUAUCUCCAACCAUCUAAGGGAAAUUCUAUGGAGGAUAUGGGUACCAAAUACUUUAACGACUUAUUAUCAUAUUCUUUGUUUCAAGAGGAAGAAAGAGAUGAUUUUGGGAAUGUUGAGUCUUGUAAGCUACAUGAUUUAAUUUAUGAUCUUGCAGAAUCAGUUUCAAGAUUUGACAUGGUGAUUUUUAUCAGAGGAUCUGGGACCAAUGUUUCUGGUGCUGGGUCUAAUGUUCCAAUUUAUGAUGAGGUUCAACAUUUGAAUCUCACUCAUGGUGUGCCAACCAACUUGGGAGAUGUAGCUCCAAAAUUAUGCACUUUGUUUUCAAGUAAUGGUUUUCCUUGCAGAAUGGGAACAACAAAAUUCAAAAGAUUACGAGUGCUCAAUUUUUGUGAUGCUUCUGAUGCAAAACAAUUGCCAACAUGUUUUGACAACUCAAAGAGCUUGAGAUACUUGGACAUAUCAAGAACUGAAAUGGAAGAACUACCCAAAUUCGUCACCAAGCUGUACAAUUUGCAGACAUUUAGAUUCAUGGACUGCACAUCUCUUAAAAUGCCGCCAAGAGGAAUAGGAGAUUUAAUCAACUUGAGGCAUAUUUAUUUCAAUGAUGAAGAGCGUAUGCCUGCAAACCUUGGGAGACUAACCAACCUGCAAACAUUGCCAUUGUUUUUUGUAGGUACAACAAAGGGACGUAAAAUUGAAGAAUUGGGAAGCUUAAGAGGACUCAAAGGAAGACUAGAGAUCUGUAAGCUUGAUCUUGUUAAAGGAAAAUCAGAAGCGGAGAAAGCUAAAUUACAUGAGAAGGCAGUUGAUGUGUUGGAAUUAUGUUGGAGCGAAGGAGGCAGUCGCGAGAACUUAGAUGAAGAUGUCUUGGAAGGCCUCACGCCUCACUCAAAUAUAAGAAUAUUAAGUACUGAAGGCUAUGGAGGUAGAAACUUGGCAUCAUGGAUGUCGAAAAGCAGUGAAGAAUUGUUCUUACUCAAUAAUUUGGUGGAUCUGAAGAUUAGAAGUUGCCGCAUGCUAUACAGAAUUUCAGGUAUCAGUUGGUUUUCAUCUCUUCAGCGGCUUUCUGUUGAGUGGUGUGAUGAAUUAACUAGCUUGGGUGAUGGUGAGGAAGCAGUGCUUACAUCAAUGUCCCUCAAAAAAUUAUCCAUAUAUGGGUGUGAUAAGUUAGAAAGAUUUUUAGUUAAUGGAUUCUCAUCCCUGGAGGAACUCAACAUUGAGCAUUGCAAGGCGAUAAAGAGCAUAGGAGGUAGCCUAUCGAGUUCCACGUGUCUGAAACAGUUAUAUCUACAAAGCUGUCCUAAAUUGGAGUCUAUUCCAAGUCUAGAAGGACUUGUCUCUCUAAAAAUAAUAACUAUUCAGUAUUGUGAUGGAUUUAAGCGUCUACCGAGUGGGCUCUCAUCCUGCGCUGCUCUGGAGGAAUUGGAGAUGUGGAGUUGCUUUAAUUUGGUUUCUAUUCCUGAAGAAUUAAAGCAGUUACGGUCUCUUGUUAAGUUGAUUUUUUGGAAUUGUCCAAAAUUAAGGCGCUUCCCAGAGGAAAUCUUGGACGGCCUUGUCAGCUUGAAGAGAUUAGAGCUUGGCCCUUUCUUAGAAGAGCUGGAGGAAUUCCCAAAUUUGAGUUCCAUCCACGCCUCUCUUGAAGAGUUGAUUCUAUACGGAUGGAAAAAACUAACUCACCUCCCACAAAUUCAACACCUCACCGCUCUAAAGGACUUGAGGAUAUACGACUUCAGUGGAAUGGAAUCUUUACCAGACUGGUUUAACAACUUGUCCUCCCUUCAUCGAGUCGAAAUUUGGAGCUGCCCAGACAAGUUAAAGGAAAAAUGCACCAAGGGAAGCGGUCCUGACUGGCAUAAGAUUUCUCACGUUCCAUACAUCAGAAUAGAUGGGGAGUUCAUCCAAUUCCAAUCCAAAUACUGAAGCAAAGAGAUGGAAUGAUGAUUUCUAGAAUUCAGAACUGCACUCCUAUAAGCUUCAACGUUGAGCAGGUAGAUUGUGAAAGCCCUUUGUUAAUAUACAUGAAUUCAGAGUACACUGUAUUUUCAAAAGGUGUUCAGUUUUUGCUCUCAAUUGGAAGGGAUGUUCAAGAGUAUCUUCUUCCUCAAUUAAUCUGCUGCUUCUUUGAAAACCAACCAAUUUGUUCAGGAGAAUGCCAGGUGUAGCAUAGCUUAUGGACUUUUAUCUUCCAUCUAAGGUAUCGACCAGAUUGGAAAACUUGUGAAAUCUCACCCAUUUUGUUCCUCUAUGAGAGAAAACUUUGACAGAGUGGAGUACAAAACUGUCUUCAAGGUCUCUCACUUAACAGUUGCAAGCAAUAAACUGAAAGGCAUAGUUUGAGCAAAAUGGCAUAAGUUUGACUGCAUUUCCAAGAAGCUGCAGUGGUGUGGGUUUGAUUUCAGUAUGUUUGUCUACAACUGUCCUGUUUCAAAUUAUCACAACCCUUGGUCCUUCAAAAGAGGGAUCCUGACAUAGCCUUGCAGGCACAGAACUAUUGGCCCUUUGCAUUCAAACUUCUGAAGAACUGAGGUUGUUUGAGAUUCUCUUGGGGGGACUUUGCAUUCAAGCUUUUGUUUCAUUUAUGACAUUGCAUUUCUGGACUGCUGCUUAUGGUUAUGAUACUGUGUCUGUAUCAUUAUUUGUUUUAAUUUUUGUGGGACAACACAAAACACUAAAGACAGUUAGGACUAUUCCCACUUUUUAGUAAAUUAUAAUUUGGCUACAAUUAUUCCUGUGCAUGCCUGUCUGUGCAUAUAGUAUAUCGGUAUACUUUUAGUUCAUUGGGCUUAAAGCACAGAAGAGAUACUCAUCCAAUAGGCAAUUAAUAGAGGAGAAAUGGGUGGACAGUAGCUUCACCGAGCAACAGAAUAUUACUCCGCGAGUUCUUGGGGAUGCUCAAUUUUACUUGCUGCAGCUAGACCCAAACUGAUUUUGCUUAAGUCAGCUCAUGACUACAUCAAGGCAUCUUUGAUUUGUGACAUUGUUUUUGAUGGCUUGGCUAUAAUGAUCAUCAUCAAAUAAGCAAACAAAUGCUGGAGGAAAAGACCAAAACAGCUUUCAUUCAGUGUAAGAUAAUUCUGGUGUGCUUGCUUUAUCUUCAGUGUACAAUUGUGCUCUCAGCAGGUGGGGUGUCCCAAUAUCUUGCUACUUGUAUGGAAAUUUACCAAUUUCAAGGCGUGUGACCAAAGUAGAGUAGCCUAUGGACUUCCUUUUUCC